AUGGAUGUGCCAGUGUCCAAUGGUCGUGACCAAGACAGUUUUGCUGACAGAACGGCAACUGUUGGAGUGAAAAAGGAUCCUCCAUAUCAGAAUAAGUUUGGAAAAGAAGCAGAGCUCAGAGGAAACAUCCAGCCCCAUGCAGAUUACAUCCCAUUCCUAAGCGGUUUUUAUGGAAAGAAGCAGUAUGUAAACAACAAGAAUCGGCCCAAAUUAUCUCGAGAACGCCAGGGUCGUGACCAAGACAGUUUUGCUGACAGAACGGAAACUGUUGGGGAGAAAAAGGAUCCUCCAUAUAAGAAUAAGCUUGGAAAAGCUCCAGAGCUCAUAGGAAACAACCAGCCCAGCCUUCAACCCUCGGGCAGUAUUGCUGGAAAGAAUCAUUAUGUAAAAAUCAAGAAUCGGCCCAAAUUAUCUCGAGAAAACCAGGCCAACUGCACUUCAAAUCUGUAUAACAGCACUGAUCUGACCUCAGAUAAACUAUCCAAUGAUGCCCUCAGCAUCUCAGAUGAUGCUGUGCUUUUCCUCAAAGGCUCGCUGGUCACACGUGUCAUGCCCUCUUUCUACAUCUUCCUCUUCAUCAUUAGUUUGCCUCUAAACACUUUAGCCCUGCUGACGUUCACAUGUAAGAUUAAAGAAAAGAAACCGGCUGUGAUCUUCAUGUCAAACCUGGCGUGUGUGGAUCUGCUCUUAACCCUGCUGCUGCCUCUCAAGAUCCACUAUCACCUGAACGGAUCUCAUUGGGUGUUUGGUGAGGCGGCGUGUCGUGUGCUGACCUCUGCGUUCUACUGCUACAUGUACUGCUCCAUACUGCUGAUGAUGUGCAUGAGUGUGGACCGACUGGUGGCCGUGGUGUUUCCCGUCGCCUCUCUGAUCUGGCGGAGCAAAAGGAAUUCUGUGUACGUGUGUGUGUUGGUCUGGGUGCUUGCAAUCGCUGUUACGAUCCCACUUCUUUCCAUAACACAAACCUUCAACGUCAGGCACGUGGGCAUCACCUGCCAUGACGUCUUGCUCUACGACGACCCCGCAGAUCAGAAAUACGUGAACAUGUUCUCCAUCCUCUCCAUCCUCUUCUUCUUUCUGCCACUGGUCGUCACUUUGGCGUGUUACUCCACCAUUUUAAACUCUCUCAGUAGCUCUGGUCACUUAGCAACCUCAUCAUCAUCAACCUUGGAUAGACGAAGGAGAGCUGUGAUCAUGAUCAUCGCCGUGCUGAUAGAGUUUGUAGUUUGUUUUGCACCGCCCAAUGGAAUCCUGUUGUAUCACUGUGUUCUUCUGGCCACAGGAGGUGUCGGCGGGGAGGGAAACACGUCAUAUAUGACUUACAUGUUAGCUCUGUGUGCGGGCAGCUCAAGUGUUUUUCUAGACCCUCUGCUGUACUACUACGGGUCGUCUCAGUGCAGACAGCAGAUCAGGUCUGUGUUGAGAAGGAGAAGAAAAAAAAGAGAAUCAACAAUAUCAAGCACUCAGGCUCACGUUAGCAUGUGA